AUGGGAAGACUCCAACCCUCCCGUGGCCUUCCACCCGCAGGCUUUCGUCGAGCGGCUCGAGCCAAAAAGGCCAAGGCCACCAUCAACCAGCUCAUCCCCUCCCUCCUGUCCACUCAUCCAAGAGCCCGUCGAGGAAUCGAUGCCGCAGAGCUCAUCGUCUUCGACCAAGAAACGGGGACCAGCAAGACCAACAUCUCACAAACCAAUUCCCCGUCUCCCCGGAUCACCCUCGUAGUAGCCGACACCCUCGCCGCCGCCCGCGCUCUCACCAUCGAAACCCCCAAUCCAGAACCCAAACCCACCAAUCCCACCGACACGACAACCAACAACAAACCGACCCAAGAAUCCUCCUCCCCGUCCUCCUCCCCCUUCGACCCCCACCACGCCCACCACGUCGCCAUCCUCAACAUGGCCUCCCCCCUAACCCCCGGCGGCGGCUUCCUCAACGGCGCCACCAGCCAAGAAGAAUCCCUCUGCAUGCGCACCACCCUCCUCCCCUCGCUACGGGACCACUACUACCGUCUCCCGGACCUAGGCGCCAUCUACACCCCCGACGUCCUGGUCUUCCGCUCCGAGGACGACACCGCCGCCGCCGCCGCCGCCGCAGUCGACGUCCUCGACAAAAAGGACCGCUGGUUCGUCGACUGCGUCAGCGCCGCCAUGCCGCGCAACCCGGACACGGAAGCCGACCCCUCGUCCGGUCGGAGACGCUAUGUCCGCGACAAGGACCGCCAGCUGGUCCUGGACAAGAUGAAGAUGGUCAUGCGCGUCUGUCGCGUUAAAGGUGUCCGGAGGGUCGUGCUCGGAGCGUGGGGGUGUGGCGCUUACGGGAAUCCCGUUGGCGAGGUGGCGGCUGCUUGGCGGAAGGUGCUGUUGCCGAGGACCACAGAUGGCGGCAAGGGGAAGAAGAAGAAAGGGGGAGGGGGAGGGGGGGGCGGAGGCGGAAGCGGAGCCGUCAAGGAGGACUGGAGGGAUGUGGUCGAAGAGGUUGUCUUCGCUGUCAAAGAUGCCGGCAUGGCUGACGCUUUCGCUGCUGCGUUUGGAGAGGGUCUCGUGCGAGAGGAGCUGGCCGGAUCGCAUGGGGGAGAGGACGAAGGAGGGGACGGAGAGGAGGAGGGAGGUGACCAGGAGGACGACCCGGGACAAGCAGACAGGGCGGAGCUCCGAGCUAGGAUUCAUGAGCUCGAGGUCCGUAUUCAGGCGUCCACGAAUCCGCAACUCAAACAGGGGCUGCUCUCCAUCCUCGCCAGCUUGGUCAACCAGCUCCCUGCAGACGAGGACUCCGAUCUCAGUGGAGAGGUCUAG